UAUUUAUAUGGAUACAAACCUUCUUUCUCCAUAGCUAGGAAGGAAGGAAGGAAGAAAAGAGAGAAGAAUAAUGGGGAGCCUAACGGAAGAACAACUGAUGCAAAUGGUGAGAGACUUUAAUGAAUCUUAUUCAUCAGACUCCUCCUCCUCAGCAGCUCCCAAUUCAAACCCCCUCAAUUCCAAUCGUCAACCUAAUUUACUCACUCUACAGGACUUAAUAUGGAAGGCAACAGACUGUGAGAUUGAGAUUCUUGAGAAAAUCUUGAAGCAUUUGAGCGACAUGGGGACCGUGGUGGAACCCAACAAUCUGAAAAAUAAAUGGGUUGUGAGGAAACUAAAUGAGGAUGGUUAUGAAGCCUCCCUUUGCAAAACUUCAUGGGUUUCUUCUUUUAGGCUCCCUAAGGCUGUUGAAUAUACAGGUGGAUAUGAGUACGUUGAUGUAAUGGUGAGGGAGAAGAAGAACAACAAUGUUGAAGAUGGUGGAAAAGUGACAAGGCUGAUAGUGGACAUGGAUUUCAGGUCACAAUUCGAAGUGGCAAGACCUACACAGAACUACAAGCAGCUCAAAGACGCUCUGCCAACCAUUUUUGUUGGAACUGAGGCAAAACUUGACAAGAUUAUAUCUCUGCUUUGCUCAGCUGCAAAACAGUCUCUCAGGGAGAAUGGCCUCGUUGUUCCUCCUUGGAGAAAAGCCAGCUACAUGCAGUCCAAGUGGCUCUCCAAAGACUGCAAAAAAAUCUCCAUCUAACCCAAAACAUGUGGAAUUUGGGUAGUUUUGUUCAUAUAGUUUUGGAACUGUCCUGGAAGCGGACUGAAUCAAUGGGAGAAACGCGUCCCAGCAUUUUGUGUUGGCUUUUUGUCUGAUGUAGGUUUUUUCAAUGAAAGAGAAACAAGGUACUCU